AUGAUCGGUUGUAGCAAAGUUUAUUCGUUGUUAGAAAGAUUCUCGAAAAACGAGACAUAUUUAGGAUUGAGAGAUUUUUCGGCGUGUUUAGAUAAGGUGUUUCAUAUUUGCUGGAUCGUGUUUUCUGUGUUUCUGAUCUCGGCGUUAUUUCUCAUAAUCUUGCCAAGUGAGUUGAAACGUUCCGAAUCGCACUGGUUCAUCGCUGUCUGCGCAUUUUUGACGCUCGUUUUUCUGAUCAAUAUCGAAUACCACUACUAUGCGAGCCGUCGCAAGAAAAUUGUGGAAAAACCGGGAAAGCCUGGAGACGCGUUCUGCGAGAAAUGCGAUUAUUGGAAGGGCCCGAGAACCCAUCAUUGUCGAUCAUGCGACAGGUGCAUUUAUAAAAUGGACCAUCAUUGCCCAUGGAUUGGCCAAUGCGUCGGCGCUCACAACAUCCAUCAUUUCGUUCUAUUCCUUUUCCAGCUUCUGUCUGCAGCGAUCCUCUUUUUUGUGCUUUUUUCCUCGUUUUGGUCACGAUUUUUCAAGAAGAAUAAAAGUAAAUCACGAUCACCGGCGACUUUCACCCAAUAUCUGAACAAUUGGCGGAUGUUCAUCAGAAAAUUCACACGCGAUCGCUCGCUUUUGAGCAUUUUAAUCAUUCCCGGACCAUUUCCUGAUGUUAUCUAUGAAGAUGACAAAUCUGAGAUUUGA